CGCCGCCAGCCCGAGCUCGCCGGAGAUGACCAGUGUCUUACAGAGACAAGCAACCACACCAUCAUUCCAGGUUCGCCGCUCGCCGGACCGCGAGGCCUGCUGGACGUCCUCCAGCGCGAGCAGCACGUCGAGCAGCGAUGACGAGUCAUCUCAGUGCAACGGCCUGGGCGACGGCGCGCCGUCGAGACCGCGAGUCUCGCUGUCCCCCGGGCAGGAGUCCCUCACGGCGCACGACAAGCCUCCCCGGCCGCCCGGUGCACACGCCAAGGGUCAGGGCCAGGGCCGCGGCGAGGCCAAGUCCUUCCUCAUGCGCGCGCUCGGCCCCGUCACCAACCUCUUCCGCCACGGCAGCAAGACGCCCACGGACGACGGCCACCGCGAGGAGGCAGAGGACGGCUUCAGCGAGGUCGCCUUGCAGCGAACCAAGAGCUCGCGGUCGCUGGGCAAGCCCGACGCGGACAGCGUUAGCAUCAAGUCCAACGAGUCCCUCAAAGGUUACAAGAUCAGGAAGCAGUACUCCGGUGAUAGACCUUGGUGGCUCGAAAGUUCGGAGAAUAUCGCGGACCAGGCAGCUUCAGGGCUUCAGCGCGCGCCCAGCUCGAGGUCGCUGAGCAAGCCCAGUCAGGACUCCGACAAGGAGAGUGUCAAGUCUUUCAAGCUCCGAAAGCAGUAUUCGGGUGAGCGGCCGUGGUGGCUGGACAGCGCCGACAACAUCCCCGCGGCCAUCCAGCGCGCCCCCAGCACCCUCUCCGUCAACAGCGCGAGCACUGGAGCGGCCUCGAGUCCCACCGGAGCCGCCCCGGAGGAGAAGAGGACCCUGGCCAAGCUGAGGCCGGUGGAUUCCGGCGAACGGCCGUGGUGGCUGGACAGCGUCGAGAGCAUUCCAGAAGGUGUCCAGAGGCUGCCCGACAGUGGGUCUGCUGCCAGCAAGGCCUCGGACUCGUCGGAGCGGGACAGGGAGAGCCAGCGUGACGAGGCCAAGUUCCGCAUCACGCGUAUCUUCUCGGGCGAGCGGCCCUGGUGGAUGUUCAACAGCAACCCCACGUCCCAAGCGCCGCCCCCUCAGCAGCGACGCGACGUCACGGCCUCGCCGAGCUCUUCAGAGGAGAGCUCGGAGGAUGAGGACCGGCCCCGUGCGCCGACACCUCCGCGCCGACAGCGGCCGCCUGCCGAGAGUGACUCGUCCAGCAUGACCUCCGACUGGCCGGCCUCCACACCAGCCGGGACACCCGCCCCCACGCCCUCGCCCUGCCCCUUCGCGCAACAGCCCACCCUGCCCCCGCCGCCCCCGGUCCGCUCCUCGAGUCGGCCCCAAGCGGCGGGAGCGUCCGCCCCCUCGGCGCCGUCCACCCCCAGGGCGCACCGACCCCAGCGGCCUCGUCACCUGCCGCUCUUCAUCGGUGGUCACACCAAUAUCGACGACAUCCUGGGCAACGUCGUGCCCAUCUCGUCGCCCAGCCUGGCUCUGGAUCCCGACAUGGACGACUUGGAUGGCGACUCGAGCGACUCGGAGCAGGCGCGCGAGGUGGGCGCCGACCAGGUUCGCGUCCACGACAGCGUGGCCCACACGGCCGUCAUCGAGCACCGGCAGCAGCAGCACCUGCAGCAACAGCCGUCCCGCCGGCCGCCGCCGCAGUCGACCCGGCCCGUGUUCCAGCCGCCGGGGAUGAUCAAG